AUGACUGAAGAAAUUUUAAGUCAAUAUUAUCCCAAAUAUAAUCCUUAGGCUGCUAUUUUGAAGGACAUCCUUCGAGAUGGACUAGAGCAAGCAUUCGUUGGGAAAUUCAAGAACAACAAUGAUCAAAUCAACAUUUCAGAAUUUAAAUUGAGACAUCAUUUCGAUAAAAAAGAUAAUGAUCAUCUUUUAGAUUAAAUUAAAAAGAAACUCAAACUCAACAAUCAAAAGGCUGAGAUGAGGUGUGUUAAUACAAUCCAGAAUAUAAGGGUUGAAACUGAUUUAAAUUACGAUCCCAAAUAUUUCCAAGAAAAUACAUUCUACAUGAAUUAAAAUUUAGAUGCCAUUAAAUAAAAGAUUAUAGAAAAAAAUGUUGCAGAAAGAGUUAAAAAAACAUAGGAAUUUAAAUCUAUGCAAAAAGCACUCAACAUUUGGUUUCAACAAUCAUAAUAGUAAAAGAAUGAAGAUCAAAACAAAUAAUAGUAAUAAACAAAUAAAAAAUAAAUGAAUUCAUCAUCCUAAAUUAUUGUUAAGCAACAUCAAACUGAAGGUAUCUAGGUCUCUGGUAUCAUUACAACCAGAUAAGGUUACAAAAUGACCUAUCCUAAUUUGGCUUACAUUAUCAAAGCCACAGACAUUCCAGAAAGGGAAGCUUAAUGUUCUUUUGUUAAGAAAAUCAGACCAUUAUAGCAACUAGAUUUCGAUUAGUUAGAUGAUUUGAGAAGAUAUGUUUGGAAAUAUAAGCAAUACACUUAAUUUUUCAAAAUUCUACUUAAAGUAGCAUAAGGAAAUCUAGAAAUUUCAGAAACACUUGUUAAAACUUAAUAAAGAAUGAAGACAGGUUUCUAUCACGUUAUGACCUUUUACCAUAUUUCCAAUAGAAGUUGGGCAAUUUGUAGAUUAAUCAAGGAUCUAAAUAAAAAGGGACUAUAUCAAAGAGAAAGGUAGAAUCUAUAUGAAACAAUGUUGGAAAAUAUUCAAGAGGAUCUUGAAGAAAUAUUCAGUCCAUUAUUGUUUGAAUCUGAUUAUGUUCCGAUUGAGGAAUAAUUCAUUUCAUUUGAAUAGUAUAAAAAGAGACUCCAAGAAGUUAUUUUAAUGAGAGAAAAUGGAGCUUGA